AUGUCCACGGUGAAUUGCACGAAUUGCACAAAAAUAUUGUCUGAUCAAGAUACUACUAACAUUCAGUGUGAUGGCUGUAAAUGGCCUAUCCACCUUGCCUGCACGGGACUAUCAGCAGAAGAUCGAGUCAUGAGAAAUAGCGAGAAAUGUUUAAAAAUAUUCUGUUCGGUAUGUAACGCUAGUCUGGAUAUUAAAACCCUCCUAGCGUCUUUUAAAAACGACCUAAGUAAGAAACAAGAAGAAAUGAAAAUAAAAUUCUGUCAAAUAAAUCAAAAACUAUCCAACUUUGAACAUUCAACUACCCCACAAUUUGCUCAGGAAGCAAUUAUAGAAUGUACCGAUCUAAGAAUGUUAUAG